AUGGGGAGGGGAAAGAUCGUGAUCCGCCGGAUCGACAACUCGACGAGCCGGCAGGUCACCUUCUCCAAGCGGCGGAACGGGAUCUUCAAAAAGGCCAAGGAACUCGCCAUACUCUGCGACGCUGAGGUCGGCCUCAUGAUCUUCUCAAGCACGGGACGCCUCUAUGAGUACUCUAGCACCAGUAUGAAGUCAGUGAUAGAUCGGUAUGGCAAGACCAAGGAAGAGCAGCAGGUUGUCACAAAUCCCAAUUCGGAGCUUAAGUUUUGGCAAAGGGAGGCAGCAAGCUUGAGACAACAACUGCACAACUUGCAAGAAAAUCAUCGGCAGUUGAUGGGAGAAGAUCUAUCUGGACUGAAUGUUAAGGAACUGCAGUCCAUAGAGAAUCAGCUGGAAGUAAGCCUACGUGGCAUCCGCACAAAGAAGGACCAGAUCUUGUUUGAUGAAAUUCAUGAACUGAAUCGGAAGGGAAGUCUAGUUCACCAAGAAAACAUGGAAUUGUACAAGAAGAUCAGUAUGAUUGGCCAAGAAAAUGCUGAGUUAUAUAAGAAGAUAUAUGAGGCUGAAGGACCAAGUGAAGUCAAUCGGGAUUCACCUACACCAUACAACUUUGCAGUUGUUGAAAACAGGAAUGUUCCAGUGCAACUUGGACUCAGCACACUGCCUCAACAGGAUGACACUGAGCAACCAGCUGCUCCAAAGCUAGGAUUACAGUUAAAUCCAUGAGCCAUAGAGAUAAUCCUCUAAGCUGAAGAGGAUAUUGUUUGAUGUAAAGAGUUGAUAAUGA